AUGGAAGUGUUUGAUGAAGAAAAGGGUAAAUUAAUAAAUUUUGAAAAAGAAAGAAAUAUUUUAUACAUAAAAAAUGAGGAAGAGAAAAAAGAGAGUAGUAUAAUAAAGAGAUAUUCGAAAUAUAAUUUAUUAGACGGAUUAAAUAAUUUAAAUAUAAAAAAAAAACCAUCUUUUAAAAAAAGAAAGACUUGGGAUAGUUUAUCAAAUAUAUCAAAAUAUUCAUCAGAUUAUAAUAAUAAUAUUGAAAAAAAAAAAAUAUUAAUUAGUUUAGGUAAUAAUAAUUUUGGGCAAUUGGGGUGUGAAAAAAAUAAAAAAGUUGGCUAUAUAGACAUUUCUUCUAUACCUAUAAAUAAGAAGAAAUUAAAAAAUGGUGGAAAUAAUAAAAGACAAGAAAAAUGUAAAAAAAAAAAUAUAAAAUUUAAUAAUAUAUUAAACGAAAUAAAAAAGAGAAAUCGAAACUCUGUACAAAUAUAUGAUAAGAAUAAAUAUCUUUGGGGUGACAAUUUACACAAACAAAUAUUAACAAGACAUGCUAGCCAUUUGUCAUUUUUCACAUUAAAAAAAAAUCGUGAAAAAAAAUAUGAACAAGAUAGAAUAAAUAGCGAAACGUGUAGAAAUAUAUUUACACAGUUUAAAGAUGGUAAUAUAAAAAGUGAGGUAUUUUAUAACAAAAUAAAUGAUAGUUGUAUCGAGCAAAGUAGAAAACGAAGUAGUAGUGUUCCAAUUGUUAGGAAUUAUGUUAAAAAUAAAAAGGACAGGAAUGAAACUUUUUUAUAUGAUAGCGAAAUAGAUUAUAAAAAAAAAAAAAAGCUAGCUGAGUAUGAUGAUUUUUUGUUAAUAAAUGAAAAUGUGGGGGAUAAUAUAAGAGAAAGUUAUAACAAUUAUGAUAGUAAAAAAAUGGGAGUAAAAAAAGAAAAAGAAUAUUUUAAUCCAAAAGAUAUACGAUGUGGAAAAUAUCAUUCAGGAAUAGUAAGCAAAGAAGGAUUUGUAUGUUUAUGGGGUUUAAAUAAUUAUGGACAAUUAGGUGUUAAUCCUAAAAAAUCUAUCUAUACACAAUAUAAAAAAAUAGAAGGAAAAAGUAAAGUAAGAAAUGAUUGGAAUGAAGAUAAGUUUAGUAAAUAUGACAGCAAUAAAAAAUUAGACAAAAAUAAAAGCAUUUUUUCUAUAUUUAAUAAAAAAGAUAAAAGUAAUUUAUGGCCAUAUAUAUAUAAAUUAAUACCAUUGAAAUAUUUUGGAUAUAAACAUAAGGUAAAAAAAAUAAGUUUAGGUUCAUAUCAUACAAUGAUUUUAACAUAUGAUGGAUAUGUUUUCACAUUUGGUUGUAAUAAAAAGGGGCAAUUAGGAUUGACAAAUAGUUAUGAUAAAAAAAUAGAAUAUACAAGCAAGCCAUUUAUGAUCCCUUUAAAUGAUAAAUGUUUUAAAUUAAAAAAAAAAAAUAAAAAUAGCGGAAUUACUUCACGAAAUGAUAAUUGUAAAUAUCCAAAUAUUUCUCAUCCUAUAAUUUAUAUAGAAUGUGGGCCAUACACUAAUGCAAUAAUCGAUGCAGAUAAAAAUUUAUGGAUGUGGGGGUGGAAUAAAUAUGGACAAAUAGAUUGUUCUUAUAUAAAUGAAAAGACAAAAAAAAACGGAAAAAAUAAAAUAAUGAGCAAGGUAAGAUAUAAAAGUUGUGGUAAUAUUGGAACAAAUUUAUUAAAUUUAAAAAUAGGAAAGAAAAGUGAUUAUAAAGGUGAAAAUAGGCAUGGAUUCAAAAAAAAAAAAAAAAAAAAAAAAGUGAGAAAAAAUGAGGAACUAUACAAAGGUAAUAGCAAUAAGUGUGUAAAUAUUCCACGAAAAAUAAAAAUAAAACAAAAAAAUAUAAUUCAGGUAAGUUUAGGGAAAUACCAUAGUUUGUGUUUGACAGAGGAAAGAUCAGUUUAUGUAUGGGGGUACUUAUUUAAAAAAAAGACAAACAAAAAAAAGAAUGUAAAAAAAUCUGGGGUUAUAGGAGGAAUGAAACUAAAAAUAUGUUACUUUGAAAAGAAGAAUGAUCACGAUUAUAGUAAAAAUUGUGUAAAAAUAAAAAAGAUAAGAUGUUUAAGUCAUUUAUAUAUAACUAAUAUUAUAUCAUCAAGUACCCAUACCGUUUUUGUUGCCCCUGUAAAUUGUUUAAACAUAAAUGGAAUGAAUAAUAAUUUCGUAUAUCCAAAUAAAAAUGCUGGUGAUAAAUAUAGACAGAAUAUACUUUUAAAAAAUAUGAAUGAGAAUUCAAAAGAAAAUAUUUUGAAAUAUUUUUCAGACUAUAUAUUAACACGAGGAGGUGAUAAUAUUUAUUAUGUUAAAUAUACUGAUUUAUAUUAUUUGAUAAAUUUAAAUGAAAAUAAAACAGAUACAUAUCCUGAUCAAACUAUAGGAAAUAUGUACUACAUAAAUAAUCAAUUUUAUUUAAGUAGCCCAGCAGCUAUUGCACGAGGAUACUACACAGAUAACAUAAGUUAUAACAAUAAUAAUAUUUUAAAAAAUGAUGAAUUAUUUAAAGAAAUGCGAUUACCUAAAGAAGGAAUAGAUAUUGAACGGGUUGGGAAUGAUAAAGACAAUUUUAAAGAUAAUAUCAAUGAUUGUUAUAUAAAUAAGACAAAUAAAACUUUUGAAAAAGUAAUGAAACCUUUAUAUAUUUAUAAUGAAAAUAGUAUGGGAGAAAUAAAUAAUAUACAAAUAUUUCGUGUUGGGGUUGGAAAAAAUUUUUGCAUUUUUUUAACAUCCUCAUCGGUUAAUAAAAUAUUGAAAGAUAAGAAGUUUGAUGAGAGUAGUAGUAGUGGAUAUCAAGGUUGGAGGAAUAGUACCUCUACAUUUGACAUCCUUCGAAAUAAUGUUUCUGAAAAUAAUUUAUUUUGUAUUGGUAAUGCAGAAUAUGGACAGAUAAUAUUACCUAGUCAUUGCAAACAAAGUAAUGUGCCUGUACAUGUUCAUAAAAAUAAGUUAAUAAAUAAAAUAACAUUAAAAAAUGAUAAUGAAAAAUAUCAUAAAUUUUUGAAAAUAAAAAGUAAAAGAACAAAAUAUUCUGAUAAAAUUAAUUAUAAUUAUAAAUUAUCUAACUUAGAAAAAUAUUAUGAAUCUGUUCAAACGAAAACGAAAACAUUUAGUACAGGUGAAAGUAGAAGUAGGAAUAGCUGGGCAACUGAAACAGAUCAAGGUUGUAUAAGACAAUCAAAACAUUCAUUAAAUAUUAACAUGGUAUGUUUAGAUAGAGAUUUUUCAACACAUGAAAAAUCAGUUAGUUCUCAAAUUAGUAAAAAAAAAUUGACUUUAUUUUCUAAUUAUUCAAAUGGAAGAUAUAAAGAAGAAAGUUUUGUUAAUAAUUAUUGUUUGAAACGUAAUUUAUUUAAAGAUGAGUUUAACAAAAUGAGGAGUAUAAGAAGAAUGGAACAAAAUAAUUGCUUAUUUAAUUUGAAAACGUUUAAAACGUUGAGAAUGUUGAGAGAUAAUUAUAUAGAGAGUGAUAGGUUUAGUUUAGUUCCAAUAGAAAAUAAAAAUUAUAUAAAACAAUCCUAUUCUGUAUAUGAAAAUGUGUUGAACUAUAAGUAUGAUUUAAAAUGCAAAAGUGUUGAUGACCCUUUUCGAGUAUAUAGAUCUAUUUCAGAAAAUGGGUCUAAAAAAGUUAAUGAAAUAUAUGAUGAUAAAAAUCCAUGUGGUAGUACAAAUAAAAGUAUAAACGUUGAUAUAAUUGAAGAAGAGAGUAAAAUUAAAGAAAGUGAAUUGGGUUGUAGGCCUAAUCAAUUUGGAUCGUUCUACAAUAAGUUAUAUGGAGAAAAUGACAUGAAUGAAAAAAGAAGUGAAAUAUUUUCCUUAACACCUGAUUAUUAUAAUGAUGAGCAUAGUAAUUUCUUUUCUAUUUAUACAAGUGAUGAAAAACAAGAUCAGAUAAAAAAUAAACGAAAAUUUUCUUUGAGAAAUAAAAAAGAAAAUUUUCGAAAUUUAGUAUUAAGAUAUAUUGAUAAUAUAAAUGAUAAUAUUUUAAAAAAAAAAAAUUAUGAUAAAUUAAAUAAUAAUAGAAAUAUAAAAAGACAUUUUAAAAUUUUUAAAAAAAGAAAUUCUUGUUUAUGGAACUAUUUUACAUAUUAUAAAAAAAAAAAUAAUCAUAAUCAUAAAUAUAAUUCAGAACAAAUUGUGAAUAUAAAUUUAUUAGAUGUUGCCUGUGGGGACUAUCACUCACUUAUUUUGGUUGAAGUUGAUGUUUUGUCAUAA